AUCACUAAGAUUCACACCUACAAUUUAAACUAAACUCUAUUGCUCGUGUUUAUAAGGUCAUCUAAUGAUAUAAUCUAAUAAAGAAGCUUCUCGCAUCUAAACGAACAUGCAUCGAGAGUCUCUAAAUAAUACGCCAAUGUUUGCCAACCCACCUAUAUAUAUCCCAGCGCUCGCACAUUCCUUCAGUCUGAAAACGAUCGCGAACCAGAAACAAACCAAACACAAGCAAAAUGUCUCUCUGCCCAUACUUCUUCGACUACUCGGUGCCGCAAUGGCCUCGCCGGCUUCUCGACCAGAACUUCGGCCUCACUUUGACACCUGAAGACAUAUUAGGCGCAGCGACCAGCCCAAUCGUUUCCCGUCUCAAACCCUGGUGGCCACAGGACGGUUCCACCAUCAAAGUCGACAAGGACAAGUGGCAGGUCAACGUGGACGUCCAGCAUUUUUCUCCAGACGAAAUCACAGUAAAAACCUCCAACGGAUACAUAGUUGUCGAAGGGAAACAUGAAGAAAAGAAGGACGAGCACGGUUUUAUAUCUAGACAGUUCUCGAGAAGGUUCAAGCUGCCGGAAGGUUCUAAUCCUGAUGCUGUACAGUCCAGGUUGUCGUCGGAUGGUGUGUUGACAGUGGUUGCUCCUUUGAAGGCUGAAGAGGCGAAAGGAGAACGCUCAGUGCCGAUCACACACACGGGGCCCGUUAGGAGUGUCAGUGGCGCUGAGGAGGCGCCCAAGGAAGCUUAGUAUUUAUAGUUUGAUUGUUAAGUGAGACUGAUUUUAUACAUUUAUUAAAUUCUUUUUUUUUA